AUGAAGGCUCAACAGGGGCCCGCUACAGUUGGUCUUCUUCUAUUCAACCAAAAGAGAGAGAUCCAUAGUAGGAACAAGAAGGACAUGGAGUUUAUAGCUAAAAGGUAUGGUGCUUUGCAGGAAGUAGACAGAGUCAUUGAUUAUGCUGAGUUCCAUGAUAAACGUCUUAUUCCUCUCCCCAGGUCAGCAAAGGAAAAUUUUGAGUUGGCUCUAGAGGCAGACAACUCAAACACCUAUGCCAGAUAUUGGUUGUCCAGAUUGCAUAUGAAAUAUCAUGUUCCUGGAGCAUGUAAAGCAGUGGGUGCUGCAUUGUUAGUAGAAGCUGAAAACAAGCGUGAUAAAAAUGCUCAAUAUGAACUGGGUUGCUGGUUGAGAGUUGAGUUUUGUGGAACGUCUUUGCCUCAUUUAGUGGCCAGUUCAGACAUUAUACUUGUAUAUUGUGAUGUCUUUCUUUGGAGCAAUGCUAGACAAAGUUUGUAG